UCCACAUAGUCGUUUCCCUAGGGUAGAGGUGAUUUUAGAAUAAGGCUUAGAUGCCUAGUAAACGUGCCUGUAAGUCCAUCAUAGUCUCAGGAUCUGUCGUUGAUACUCCUCUUCCUGAAAACAGAGCUGCUCAAGGACGCCGGAAUCUUACUGGCUCCUCGACAUCAACCUGGACAGCGGCUAGAGAGAUCAGGUCUGAGUGGACGCCAAGACACAAUGGUGGUGCAUUGUGAGGUGUUGUUCGUGGCUGUCUGCAUUCUCUUGCUGGGUCCCAGAGCGGGCCACUCACAGUUCAGCCAGAGUCCAGAUCUGACUGUUAAAUCUUUCUGGCACUGUCGUUGCACUGAUGUCACCUACGAGCUGGUCGGCUAUCAACUCUCCGAUCCGACGUCGACUUGGGACGAGGAGGUGCGUGACCAUGAAAAUGCGUACGGCGACUGUGCCGACAAUGACUUUGGCCUGCCAGAGGUUGGCCUCUAUGACCAUGAGUGCCUGAGAGACUUCCACACCUUCCUGGUCAACCACUACCAGAUAGCGGCCGACACGAGAAUCUGGAUGCGGGGCGCACACUUUGCCAAAGGUACCGAGUGUAGCGUGUUCGACGGAUCACAGGUAAUCAGCAACUAUAACUGUUCAUGGCCCAAUGCAUACGUAUGCCAGGGCGAGGACCCACAGAAGAUGCCUUUCGAUUCAUUUGAUGAAGCCCCAGCAGCACCUGAUGUAGAGAUCACGCCUGCAGACACAGUGGUGUACGUUGCGUUUGUCAACGACACCGCCUGUCACGAGAAUUGCGUGACAGUUACGACGACGAAUCAGACUGGAACUUUCUCAACGGAGGUAUGCAGCUCACAUAGCAUUGUGCCGGUUCCCCAGUUGAAGAAACAGGCAACGUACACAAUCACUGCUUUCACCAAGGCAAUACGUCAGUCGUCUUUCUUGCUCUCCAACCGCACAUCACCCGUCACUGUCACUACACUAUCUGCUGUCACCUCACCACAACCGAGUCCACCCAGUGGUGUGACGAUCGAUGCUGCGUUCGCCAGAGCUCUUCAAAUCUCCUGGAUUGCACCCAGCAGCCCUGCAAUCGUUGCGUAUGAUGUGACAGCAGAAGGGACUUCCCCACUCUUCUCCCAUACUGAUCACAUUGGCAAGAUAGCACCUGGCAGGAGUGUGACGGGGACGAUUCUGGGUGAUCUAGUCCCAUACACCAACUACACGGUCACUGUCUCUGUCAUCACUACUGCAGGUCAAAGCCAGCUCUCCAGCUCGGUGUCCAUGUUCACAUUGGAGGAUGCACCAUCAGCCGGACCAGACAUCGUUGGAGCCCACGCAAACAGCAGCACAUCCGUGAACAUACGCUGGACUCCUGUUCCUCCUGAACUGCGUAACGGUGUGAUCAUAGGCUACUAUGUGCUGGCCGAAGCUCUCAACGUCGACAGCGAACACCUCUAUGAGAUCCGUGACGGUGAUGCGUUGGAAUUCCACAUACCCAAUCUCAUCACGUACCAGGACUACUUAUUCGCUGUGUCUGCAGUAACGAGUGCAGGAGCAAGCCACUGGGGCCAGCACAUCUUCAUGAAUGUAGAUCCCAAUGAUCCUCCAUAUGUACGUCCGACCACCUCAGCCCCCACAUUGCCCUCACCCACCACACCACCACCAACAACCGAGUCACCUAUGCAAUAUAUGACAAGCAUGGCUGACUCAACAGAUGAAGACCAGAAGACGCGUGAGCCUGACAGCACCACAGGCUCCGAUCCAGGUGAAGAGGAGAGCCCCGAAGAGCAGUCAACCUCACUGUCGACAGGAGCUAGCAUUGGAAUCGGUCUGGGACUGGCCGCGGUGGCUAUUGCCUUGAUUCUGCUUGCCUUUGUGCUCUACAUCCGCAGGAAUCAGCCUGGACCAGCAAGGUCUUCAGGGAACGACGACGGAGGGAUGGACACCUUCGCAGCUGCCGGUGUACCUUAUGAUGGCUUGAACGAUAGUGUGGAGAAUCCCGUAUACGGUGCUGAUGAAGCAUAGGGAUGAUCUUGUGAUGUUGCAAUGAAGAAGAUAAAGUGCGCAGUCAUUCUAUGUUACCAUGCAUCUACUGGUACAAACAUUAUCAAGGAACGAUUGGUUGUCUCAAAGAACGAUUUCUUGACGGUCAUCAGUCAUGUUGUUGUGUUGGGUUCUUCAAGAGUACCCUGGUCCCAAACAGACACUAAGACACUUCUACCCUUCUGCCCUAGCCUCCUUGCUCCUAUCCUUUCUGUCUGUCUGAACAACGACCAUGCCCAGUCCAAUGGUCUACAGAAUGUGCCCUUUAAAGUCGUCACACUUCUAGCGUUGUAGAUGUGUACAGUAUAUAGCACCCGGAUUUCCUUGGAACUGCUGCUAUAGACAAUGGCAGUGCAAGAAAUCCUAGCACAGUUUAUGUUUUGCUUCUCGCAUACCUUACUUGCUUUCAAAUACGUUUCACCAUCUGUCCAUUUCCCGCUAUCAAUUAUCAGAGGAACAAUUAGGUACAAUUUUUACUUUACUAUGUUACGAUUCAGCCUAUUUUGGAGAGUUCCUCCGAAGUCCAACUUAUAGUCACACCCAAUACUUCAUAUUUCAUGGUCAUUUACUAGUGCUGAAACGAUUACCGUAUUAUCUCUAAUAUAAGCACAGUCUCCAAUAAUAGCACGUCUCCAAUAAUAGAACACCUUGGGGCGGCAUUUAAAAAAUAAAGUGCUCAGUCUCCAUUAUAAG